AUGGCUUUUACCAAACAGUCUCGUCUGGGUAUCCUCACUGUCUUGGUAUCGCUGUUCUUUGCCCUAGAGUUAGUUGUGGGCUACAUCACUGGCUCAGUUGCUCUUAUCGCUGAUGCUUUCCACAUGUUGUCCGACUUGUUUUCUUUAGCUGUUGCUUGGUAUGCUAUCAAGCUGGCUGCAUACACUGCAUACGACCCUCAAUACACGUAUGGUCUACAGCGAGCAGAGGUUUUGGGUGCACUUAUCAAUGGUGUGUCGCUGCUUGCACUGUGCUUUUCCAUUAGUAUCGAGGCCAUUCAGCGCUUUUUUGAGCCUGUCCAUAUUCGUAACCCCUGGCUGGUUGUCAUUACCGGUUCUGCUGGAUUGGCAAUGAACAUUUGUGGUUUGUUUUUAUUCCACGACCACAGUCACCACGGUCAUGGUCAUGGUCACAGUCAUAAUCACCAGAGCAGCCAUCAUAACCACCAACACGCUCAUGAUGAUAGUCAUCAUAAUCAUGAUGAUGGAUCUGCUCUUUCUCAGACGAGUGUCAUGGACAAUGUUUCCACUGUGGUUGCCGCUUCAUCUCCUAUUCCAUGCGAGCCUGGCCCUUCGUCAUCCAUCUCUCCACAACUCACUCCAAAGAUAUCUAGCGAUGAUGAUCGUCAUUCGCAUGAAGGCCAUUCUCGUCGAAUACUCCAUGCAAAUGAAAGCGAAAACAAUCAUAGCCAUGCACAUGGACAUGGUCAUGGCGAUCUCAACAUGCAUGGCGUGUUUCUCCAUGUUCUCGGUGAUGCAUUAGGAUCGAUUGGUGUUAUUAUCUCGACUCUCAUUAUUAUCUACGCUGAAGGUGACUGGAAGUACUACAUGGAUCCUGUCAUGUCUCUCAUCAUCACAGUGCUAAUCAUUGUCAGCACUGUUCCAUUAUGCAAAAGCGCAACAUUUAUUCUAAUGCAAAGCGUACCCAGCACAAUGCAAAUCGAUACACUUCGAUCUGAAAUCAUGACCGUAAAAGGUGUAAUCAGUAUUCAUGAACUCCAUGUUUGGCAAUUGUCAGACAGCAAGGCCAUUGCAUCUGUUCAUGUUCUUGUUCGGGAUCCAGCCGAAUCUAGCAUAGAACCUCUUCAGCCACCAUAUAUGGAGAUUGCAUCCAUGAUUAAAAAGAAACUCCAUCUGCAUGGUAUUCACAGCACCACAAUUCAGCCAGAGUUUGUUAGCAGUAAACAUUCCCAGCCAAGCUUUAGUCCAGAAAGUGGAGACGACGAUCCCACUGAGCAUGACUGCUUUUUGAGUUGUAGGGAAACGUCGUGUGAAACCCAACGAUGCUGUCCGCCAUUGCAGUUGAAGAUUGUUUCAGAUAAUUCUUUAUAA